CAACAACUGUUUACGUUUACACAACAAGACGGGUUUUGCAAACAAAAUUAAUUUGUCAAUAUUUUUUGUAGUUUAUUUAGUUUGCUCCUUCGUUUGCGGCUUAUAAACAAAAAUAUGCGGGAAAAGCACGAAGUAAGCAAAUUUUUUUCGACUGCAAUCUUUGCAUGCAACCGCUGCAAAUAAAAGACCCAGUGCCAGCUGUAGGAACCAGCAAAAAAGCAGCCAUCCAUCCAACCAACAAACCAGCCACAACAACUUCCUCUGCCACUGCCACUAAAGACUCAACAUAUUUGUAAUCAAAACAAAAACAAGCUGUCGACAACGUACAGAGCUCAUUCACGCUUUGACCAAGCAACUGUUGUAGUCGGCGCAACAACUUGAAACACAAAUCGAAGAUACCGCUACGAAGACGUUUCAUUACACAAAGUGAUCGCACAGACAGUGGUCAUCAAUUCUAGUAAUAACAGCAAGCAACGCAUUAGCAUAUUAGUAGCGUCAGCAAAAAUAGAAGGAAAUCAUAAUUAGCAAUGGGUUUGAGAUUUCAACAAUUGAAGAAGCUAUGGCUGCUCUACCUGUUUCUACUAUUCUUUGCAUUCUUCAUGUUUGCGCUCAGUAUCAAUCUAUAUGUGGCCAGUAUACAAACAAAUGAUCAGGAUAAGGUCCAUCCGAAACCGCAGCCGCGCCGCCGUUCGCUAUGGCAUCCGAAGAACAUAGUGGCGCAUUAUAUUGGCAAAGGCGAUAUUUUCGGCAAUAUGACUGAAGAUGACUACAACGUAAAUCUUUUCAAUCCCAUUGCUGGCGAGGGGGCGGAGGGCAGGCCGGUCGUGGUACCAGCGCGCGAAAGUUUCCGCAUGCAGCGUUUUUUCAGACUGAAUAGUUUUAAUAUUUUGGCCAGUGACCGCAUACCCUUGAAUCGCACAUUAAAAGAUUACAGAAUAAAGGAGUGUCGCGACAAGAAAUAUAUCAACAACGAGCUGCCCACCGCAUCGGUGAUUAUAGUUUUCCAUAAUGAGGCUUGGUCGGUACUGCUGCGCACCAUAACGAGCGUUAUCAACCGAUCGCCGCGUAAAUUACUCAAAGAAAUCAUACUAGUCGACGACGCUAGCGAACGCUCUUACUUGAAGAAGCAACUCGAGGCCUACAUUAAAGUGCUCACCGUGCCAACGCGCUUGCUGCGCAUACAGAAACGCGGCGGUUUGGUGCCAGCGCGUUUGCUCGGCGCCGAGCAUGCCAAAGGUGAUGUGUUGACCUUCUUGGAUGCGCAUUGCGAGUGUACACGCGGCUGGCUGGAGCCGCUGUUGCAGCGUGUGAAGGAGUCGCGCAACAGUGUGGUAGCGCCUGUGAUUGAUAUAAUUUCCGAUGAUAACUUCAGUUAUACGAAAACUUUCGAGAACCACUGGGGUGCCUUCAAUUGGCAGCUGAGUUUUCGCUGGUUCGGCAAUAAGCGCAGCAUAGCGCCGGCCAAUGCUGAUCCAACGCAGGCAAUUGCAUCACCGGCAAUGGCUGGUGGACUCUUUGCAGUGGACAAACGGUACUUUUUUGAUAUUGGCGCGUACGAUAAGGAGAUGCGUAUCUGGGGUGGCGAAAACGUUGAAAUGUCCUUUCGCAUAUGGCAGUGUGGCGGGCGUAUUGAAAUCUGUCCCUGUUCACAUGUUGGCCACGUAUUCCGCAGCACCACACCAUACACCUUCCCGGGUGGCAUGAGUGAAGUGCUGGGCAACAACUUGGCGCGUGCGGCCAUGACUUGGAUGGACGAUUGGCAAUAUUUCAUACUACUCUACACAUCCGGUCUGUCGUUAGAGACACGUGAACGCAUCGAUGUCACUGAGCGCUUGUCACUGCGUGAGAAGCUCAAAUGCAAACCAUUUUCGUGGUAUUUGGAGCAUAUCUGGCCGGAGCAUUUCUUUCCCGCACCAAAUCGCUUCUUUGGCAAAAUAAUCUGGCUAGAUGGUGAGACCGAAUGUGCGCAAGCGUACACGACGCACAUGAAGAACAUACCGGGGCGUCGUUUGUCACGCGAAUGGCCACGCAUAUUCGAAGAGAUCGACAAUAAUGCUGAGCAAUUUAUGUCGCUAAUCGAUUUGGAUCGCGACAAGUGCUUGCGACCGCUGGAGAGAGAUGUGCCGCGCACAUCAGUGCAAUCGGUCACAGUUGGCGACUGCAAUGUACAUAGCAAAUCUAUGGAUAUGUAUGUCAUAACGCCGAAGGGUCAGAUAAUGACCAAUGACAAUGUGUGUCUGACGUAUAGUGAGCCGAAACUUGGCGUCAUACAGCAGCUGAAGAGUCGCAAUUUAACCAGCAAUGUACAGCUGACCCAGUGCCUGGACGAUCCGCGGCAGGUUUGGAGUUACGACAUGGAUACUCAGCACAUUUCGCAUCGCGAAUCGAAGCUCUGCCUCACGCUGAAGGCAGCCAAAAUUCCACGCACCCAAAAGGUGGAGAAAAUCGUUGUUGCCAUUAAUUGUGAUUACAAAGACAUCACGCAGAAGUGGGGUCUCAUACCACUGCCAUGGAGAGUUUAAAAAACGUUAUACAAAUACACAAACAAACACAACGCAAUUUGCAAAAAAAGAAACAAUAAAAAAAAAACAGUAUGAAAGCACGGAUUUGCACACACAAUUAAAAAUGCCAAUUAAAUUAAACAAUUUUAGUAUACAAUUAGAAUUAAACAGUUAAGUAGUAAAAGUGAAGUGCGAUAACACGUAGAAAAACAUGUAGUGAAUUAUAUACAUAUGUAUGUAUACCAGCGCCGUGUGCUUGUGAUAUUUUUUAUUUGAAAAUUUCGGAGAUAAAAAUACGAGUUUUUAUGUUCGUACAACACGACCGUGUCCACAAUAUAUACUACUAAAACCACCAAUUUGUGAAAACUCGACAAAAAUAACAAUAACAUCGACAAAAACAAUAACCACCAAGCAACAUCAUCAAUACUUUACCCACGAAUUAUAUGUAUUUAUAUAUGGAAUUAAAUACCUGUUUGACUUACUGUAGGCGUUAUUUACUAAAUUAUACUAUACUAUUUAUUUUAACACUAUUUUAUAUGAAAUUUUGUAAACAAAAAAAAAACACUUAUAACUUAUGCAUACACUUUUGCAUACCUAUUAUAAAAACUAAUUUAUAUUUUCUAGCUUAUAAGUUUUUACUAAAGCCUAGCGAGAAAACAUAUACUCUUGCUGCUUAACUCGUCAGAUGACUAUAUGCUAUUAAAACAAUUUUAAGCUUUGAAUUGCUAUCGCCGCUAAUUAUUACUACUGCUGCUAGUAAAAUGAAAUAAAUUGUUUUUCCAAGAAAUAAAAAAAAUAAAACCUGAAA